CAGCAGCAGCAGCAGCGUCAGUAUGUGAGCCUCCCUCCGCCGAACCUCUCUGUCCGCUGCGCACAGCUCACACCAGUCGGGGGUUCAUGUCCUGCUCGACAUGCCACCUCACAUGGAUUACUUCUACCACGAGUCCCGAGUCCCUUCCGCUGUCGGGCUGACCCGGGAGGACGAGCUGGACCCCGGCGUCAUCAGCUGCAUGCUGGUGGGGGACGGAGCCGUCGGUAAGACCAGCAUGAUCAUCAGCUACACCUCCAACGGGUACCCGACAGAGUACCAGCAGACCGGCUUUGACGUCUUCUCAGGUCAGGUCCAAGUAGAAGGAUCUCCAGUCAAAGUUCAGCUCGUGGACACUGCAGGACAGGAGGAGUUUGAUGAGUUCAGAGCGCUGUCCUACGCCCACACCGACGUCUUCCUCCUGUGCUUCAGCAUGGUCAACCCCACCUCCUUCCACAACAUCACCAAGAAGUGGGUUCCGGAGAUCCGCGCCUACAACCCGUCCUCGCCCAUCGUCCUGGUCGGCACCCAGCUGGACCUGAUGCUGGACGUGAACGUGCUCAUCAACCUGGACCGCUCCAACGUGAAGCCGGUGCCGAGCUCGCGGGGCCGGGGCAUGGCCGAGAAGAUCCGGGCCGCGGACUACGUCGAGUGCUCGUCGCUCACGCAGAAGAACUUGAAGGAGGCGUUCGACGCCGCCAUCUUUGCCGCCAUUAAGAACAAAGCCCGCAAGACCAAGAAGAGGAGGUUCUCCGACAGGCGAACCAAAGCUUUCUCGAGGUGCAGCUGGAAGAAGUUCUUCUGCUUCAUCUGACUGCUGACCCCGUGGGACAGAACUGUUUUUAACUUAUUUAACUAUUUUACUUCCACUUCUGUGGCGGUUUGGCAUCCACACUUGUUAAGUAUUUUGUCCUGGAGCGAACAUCAAAGUGGAUUCUGGGUCUGGUUUACAUUAUAUUCAAAUUUUCUAUUGUUUCAGGACAGAAAAACCACACGAGCUUCAAAUGGUUUGCGAGAGAAUCGAGGCUCUGAAGGAGGAAAAGCCGCAGCAUCAUGUAAAGGCUGUGAAUUUGCAUGGUGCGCUGGAACAGAAAGUGUGCUGGAGCAGAUGGGCGUUAGCCACCUCUCUGUUGUGUUCUUGCUGUCUGGCUGCGCCGGCCUAUUUACAUGCAGCAGCUGCAAGUUCAGGUUGCAGUGUGAGCCGCUGCAUUCUUCAUUACCUGCGUUUAAAAAAAGCUGCCCCGGCUGGUUCGUCUUAUCGGAGAACCUGGCGUUUACUCUGAGCUUCAUCACCUGGCACAACAUUUGUGGAAGCAGGAGGAGGGUCUGUUUGAGUCUUAAUCUCUCGGUCAGUUUCAAAAAAUCCUCUUGUGUGAGGUGAAAGGUGGCAGGAGAGCGCUGACCUUUGGCUUUUUGUUCCUGCCUGUCAUCAAUCUGCAUCUGUAUAAGCAAACCCUGCAGGACUUCCACCCUGCAGAUCCUCCCGGCCCAGGCUUUGUUUGUAUGCUCAACACACUCCUUGUUUCCCCUCAGCAGCCCGGUUUGUACAGUUAGUGGAUGCUAAACAGCCUCUGUGUGAAUGUAAGUGUAAGAUGGUACACUUUAAAAGAAGCCUCGUGCAUGAGAACGUCAUAUUUUGCACUUCAGCUGGUGCACAUCCGUGUGUAGAUAGGACGAGGUUUUACUAUGCUUCUUGUGGAAGUUCCAUGUUUGUGUGUUCUGUUUGUUAAAACAGGUUUUGUCAUGUGUCUGUCCAUGAAAUAUUCAUGUCUGAUCUCUUCUGCUCUAACCUGUGUGUGUUUUUUUUACAUGGCAGAGUGCAAAUAAAUGAAGUGUAACUUA